AUGUUAGGUCCUAGUCUUCAAGAACAGAGUUAUAAUAAUAAUGAUACCACAACAAUAGUGAUUAGGAAACAAUGCAUUUUAUUAUCGCCUGCCGAAGAUAUACAAGAAAACUACACUUUUAGACAUUUGUUUGCCAUGGUGGAGUGUAGUAGUAACGAUGCCACAUCUAAUAGCGAUGUAUUAAACAAUUACUAUAUAGAAGACAUUGAUGAUGAUCAACUAGGUGAUCAUGAAGAAUAUGUUACUACAACUGUAUCCAACAAUAUAAUAGUUGAGGAAUUGAGUAGUGAUUCUAGCGACAUUAGUGAUGCUUAUGAACAAUACGAUGAUGAUGAUGAUGUCGAUUACGAAAUGAAGAUGUUAUGA